AUGAGAAACCAGAUGGCACCAUGGGUGCCUCUGUUUAUACAAUCCAGUAAUAAUAACAAGAAUGAAAAGAAUCCGUUCACUCCAUUUCAAUUUGCAACGGUACAAGAGGGUCCUAUUGGGAAACCUACAGUGAAAACAGUUGUCUUUAGAGAUUUCUUAUUUCACGAUAAAUGUACAAACGUUUUGACAUUCUGUACAGAUUUACGUAAUGAUAAAUUAUGUAAUUCAAGUCCAUAUUUUGAAUCAUGUUUCUAUUUCCCAACAACAUGGGAACAAUAUCGGUUCAGUGGUCAAUGGUUCAUCCUAUCGUUAGAAUCCUCUAAUCACAUUGAAACUACAGAUCAAUUCUUGGUUCAACAUACUCAUGAGGAAUGGGAAGAUGAAAUAAUGAGACAAUGGGGUCAAAUGUCUCGUGGUGCUAAAUCGUUAUAUCGUAAACCUGCACCAGGAAGUCCAUUAAGUGAAGCAAAUAGAAAAAAAUUGGAUAAGAUUCAACGUGGAGUUGAUGGUGCUCAUGAUGAUACAGGAUUAGAGAAUUUCGGAUUGGUAUGUUUAUUGGUAGAUAAAGUAGACUAUUUAAAUUUGAAAGAUGGUAGUGGUGGUGAACGUAGAUUAUUUGAACGAUGCACCAAAUCUUCUUCCAGUAAUGAAUCUAAUAAUGAUAAAAAUGAUAAUGAAAUUAAUGAUGAUGAUGAUGAUGACGAUGAUGAUAAUGAACAAGAACAAGACGACGAGGACGAAGAUGAUGAUCAUUGGGCCAUGUGGAAAGAGACAGAAGUAUGUCCAUAA